UGCUGUAUGUCAAUGAGGCAGUUAGAUCUACCACAUGAGUUCUAUAACCGAAUCUUUUCGUUCACGGAAAAGCGUCUAUAUUUCACACGUUACACAAGCGGCACAACUGCAACUGUUUAAAAGUACAGCGCGUAGCCAGGACGAGCAGAGAUCAAUAAGAAAAGAACCAAAACAGUGAUUCAACACGACUGUUAUUGUCUAGAAGAGCUAACAUCCCGUUCAGAUCUAUAAGCCGACAAAAUAAAUAUGCUUGUUAGCAGCAAACUGGCUUUGAAUCCCGCCUUGUGCGGCACAGCUCUCCGCUUCACCGCUGCAGUCACUGGGGUUCAUAGGCAUGUCGGUGAUGCAGCGCUCAGGAUUGCUCGCUUCUUUGCGACCCAAACCGCCGAGGCUGUGCUGGAUAAGGCAGAAGUGGGCAGCACUACAGCAGUGAAGGCUAAAGCUGAGAAGAGCAUCAAAGCUGUGGCAUCCAAAUCUUUUGCUGUGAACAUGUUUAAGGGGCAGAUCACCACUGAACAAGUCUUCCCCUACCCUUCAGUGCUGAAUGAAGAACAGACUCAGUUCCUGCAGGAGCUGGUUCCUCCAGUCACAAAAUUCUUCAAUGAGGUGAAUGACCCAGUGAAGAAUGACACUCUGGAAAAGGUGGAAGAUCACACUAUGGAGGGACUGAAAGAGAUGGGAGCCUUUGGGCUGCAGGUGCCCGCUGAGCUGGGUGGACUGGGACUCACCAACACACAGUAUGCCAGGUUGGUAGAGAUUGUGGGCAUGCAUGAUCUGGGUGUUGGCAUCACACUGGGUGCCCAUCAAUCGAUUGGCUUUAAGGGCAUAUUGCUGUUAGGCAAUCCUCAGCAGAAAGAGAAAUACCUGCCCAAACUGGCAUCAGGUGAGACAAUUGCCGCGUUCUGUUUGACAGAACCAGCCAGUGGUUCAGAUGCUGCAUCCAUUAAGACCACAGCUGUGCUCUCUGACUGCGGGACCUACUACACACUUAAUGGUAGCAAGAUCUGGAUCAGUAACGGUGGGAUCGCUGAGAUCUUCACAGUGUUUGCUAAGACCCCAAUGAAGGACGAGAAAACUGGAGAGAUGAAGGACAAAAUCACAGCUUUCAUUGUGGAGAAAAGCUUCGGAGGAGUCACACAUGGUCCUCCAGAGAAGAAGAUGGGCAUCAAGGCGUCUAAUACAGCAGAGGUGUAUUAUGAGAAUGUGCGUGUGCCUGUUGAGAAUGUGCUUGGGGAGGUUGGAGGGGGUUUUAAAGUGGCCAUGAACAUCCUGAACAAUGGGCGUUUCGGCAUGGCUGCUGCUCUCUCUGGAACCAUGAAAGGAGUCAUUGCCAAAGCGGUGGAUCAUGCUGCUAACAGGACUCAGUUUGGAAGUAAGAUCUACACGUAUGGUGCUAUUCAGGAAAAGAUUGCACGUAUGGCCAUCCUGCAAUAUGUCACUGAGUCUAUGGCGUACAUGAUCAGUGGGAAUAUGGACAGUGGAGCUUCAGAGUUCCAGAUUGAAGCUGCCAUCAGCAAGAUCUUUGCAUCUGAGGCAGCGUGGGCCGUUACAGACGAGUGCGUCCAGGUGAUGGGAGGAAUGGGCUUUAUGAAGGACGCUGGUGUAGAGAGGGUAAUGAGGGAUUUGAGAAUCUUCAGGAUCUUUGAAGGGACCAAUGACAUCCUGAGACUGUUUGUGGCUCUCAAUGGCUUCCAGAAUGCAGGCAACCAUCUGAAAGAUUUACAGAGAGCUCUGAAGAACCCGCUUGGCAAUUUUGGACUGAUCGCAGGAGAGAUCACCAAAAGAGCCAAGAGGAGGGCAGGUCUAGGCACAGGGUUGACUCUCUCUGGAUCAGUUCACCCAGAGCUGGCUCACAGUGGAGAUCUGGCAGUGAAGGCUGUAGAGCACUUUGGAGUGACUGUUGAAGAGCUCCUGCUGAAACAUGGCAAAAAAAUAAUCAAUGAACAGUUUGUUUUGAAGAGAGUUGCCGACAGUGCCAUUGACCUGUAUGCUAUGGUUGUAGUGCUGUCUAGGGCGUCACGUUCACUCAGUCAGGGCCACUCAUCGGCGCAACAUGAGAAGAUACUGUGUGAAACUUGGUGUACGGAGGCACAUGACAGAAUCAUGCAGAACGUCAAGGCACUUAAAUCCAGCUCUAGCAAACAGCUCUUCAAAAACUUGAGCGAAGUCUCCACGUCUUUGGUUGAAAAUGGUGGGGUUGUGGCCCCUCAUCCUCUCGGCUUUUAAAUAUGCAGACUCAAAUGAAGACACAAAACUAGCCUUUCAACAGCAACAAUACAAUGCAAGCUUAUACAGUAAAUGUGUUGUGCAAAAUUCAAUUUCCAGUCAAAAUCUAUAACCCAUUGUACCCUGAUAUGAUUCCAUGUACUGAAAGAACCUUUUUUCUAUUCAUCUGUUCAGUGCCUCAUUAGAAAUGCUAAAAUAGAGAUUGAUUGGAUGAUGAAAAGGGGUCACUAUAUGACCGGUGGUUGGAAGGAAUGGGCUGAAUAGAAGAGGGAUUGAGGGAAGUCGUUUCAGUAAGUUAUUACAUUUUGAUGAAAGAUUACGAUUAAGACUUUUUUUCUUUGGAAUAACGUGGUAUGCUGUAGUGGCAUUUAUUAUAAUGUUCAAUUGUCAAAGGAUGUACACACCAACAAAAAAAGUAUCAAACAGUACCAUUGUACAGUCUUUUUAUGGACAUGGUACAUCAAUAUGGUAAUCGAAGUACCAUGGUAUUACCGCCUGAUAACAUAACCAUAACCAACCAUGGUACCGCCACAUUCCUUUUUCUUUCUUUUUUCUUUUUUGUUAGGUACAUUUUUGGUUAAGAAUGUGUUUUCAGUGCUUUAAAUGUAAAUUAAAUACUAUUUUAAUGCUCUGCUACAACAGUAUAACAAGUCUUUUUAGUCAGGCAUUAUAAACAGCUAGCCCUUAGAGACUUUAAUAGUGGCUUGAAUUUCACAUGACCACAGAUCAUCUGUUACAGUUCAGCUGUAUCAGACACUUGCUAAUUCUGCAAUAGUUAUAUGCCUUAAAAAAGUAGCCUAACUGUAAUGUUAUCCUUGCAUGUAAUUAGUUAUUUGCUAUGGUACUAACUUUCCAGCAGUUUGUAAAUGUUUAUUUAUAUUUUGUCAUUGGGCAGCCAGAUAUUCACAGGUAUCUCAGGUUCAUGUAACCUCUCCACACUACCUCCUCUUAUUUCACUGGAUCUGCACACAUUCCUGUCAUUUAAUCAUCAUAUAUUCCAAGACAAUAUCAUGAUUUAAUGUUUAUUCUACAGUAUAUGUAUUUGGGUAGUUGACAUACUGUAUCCUGCUGUGAGACAGGCUAUACUCCAUCUAAAGCUAUUUUAAACUGCGUUUUGCUAAUUCUUAAAAAAUCAAAUAAAAAAAAAAACAUUUCAUGUAUAUUAUGCUUUUUAUGAUCUCAUAUAAAUUGAGAGAAUACAUGGAAUAUUUGUACUUUAAAGAAAAUUUGUCACAUAGCAGGAGCAUUUAAAAUGAAUUGGUGAAGGCAAAAGGUGAUUAAAAUGGUGAACAGUAACCACCAAAAUAUACACUUUCCCUUAGCUAAAAUCUUAAAAA